CGGGGAUUUAACCGGACCGAGCAGGGAAUCUGACCGAGGAUGCGCCGCGGAGCCUCCGCGAGGACGCGCCGCACCGGUGGGCUGUUUUCCCACCCCUGAAAAAAUCCACAACCUGCAGAACCUGCAGUCUCCUCCAAACCCGAAGACCAAUCUCAGCUCGUUGGAAAUCGAGCUUUAAUAUUAUCACGGUUCCACGUCACCUCCCCAAAUACAUGUACGCGCGUCUGUUGGCGUGAUGCGUUUCUCGUGAAGCGGACUGGACUGGACACCGCCCGGGCCACUUCUUUUCGGGGGGGAUUUUUUUUUUAAAUGGAUUUUCGACCCCUUUGGACCAGGAAUACAGGAUUGUUCCGAAAGUAAAUGUGCUUUCACCCUCUAAACGGGUCGCAAAAGCUGCGUUCUUCGGGGAAAUAAACGCGCAGCUCCGAUCCGCCCGACGCUUUCUGGAUAGGAGCGUGAUUUCUGCUCCAAGAAAACCCUCUCGCUGGUGUUGGUUUCUUCACCAACGCCUGUUUGGGGUUUGAAGGCACACAAAAGCAGCGCGGAACGAAUUUCUGCGGCACUUUCUCUACCUCCCCGUCGGCUCGGACCCCUCUCCGGGGACGGUGCGCUAGUGACACGGCGUUUGCGCUACUGGAGUGGCGUGAAUCUGAAUCUGGGUGAGAGUGGCACAAAAGAGUUUUCCAUCCGUUGUGGCCCCUUCUACACUCUCAUCUGCGCAUUUUUAGAGUCUGUGCAGCUGAAAGCCUUCUUUGCUUCGCAUGCAGAGACCACCGGCAGGUGAUUUUUCAGUUCUCCGGCUUCUUGGUUUUGCCAUUUGUGACAGAUUUACGCGCAGGUCCUGCUCUGGCAGUGACACUUUAUAGCCGCUGCCCGAACCCACGGACGCACAGACUCGCAACAUUCCCCGCAUAUUCAGCCUCGGGAAGAAGGAAAAAAAAACUGCUGAGAUACCCCGGUCUCCUCCGUGGAUGUGGAACCGAGCCGGGCAGGAGAGCGGACCAAGAGUUGGAGUAAACCGCGCAUCUCCAUCUCCCUUCCAUCUCCUUCUUGUGAUUUAAACUGCUCCAUCAUUGAAGCGCAGGACGAGGGGAUUCUUUUGUGGAGACAUUUUUUUUGCAGAGGAGCUGGAGAUCGAUGAAGGUGUCAAGAGGCAUUGAUCUCAGCACCAGAGGACAAACAGGUGGGAGGGUGCCCUUGUUAGCUUGUCAUCCCGUUGUAACCCUGAAGCCAGUGAUGUGACUGGAAUCUCAAGUUGUCAUUAAAACAUCUGACUCCACCUGCAGACUUCCUGCCUCCCCCAGAAACCCAGGCGCAGUGGCGGUGAGCCGAGCCCAUGGAUCUCUUUCAGGACUUCUUAAAUGUCAUGUGACGGCUCCAGCGGUUUAAACUACACCCUUCGCCGCAGGGAUGUGCUCCUGAACCUGGAUGAGCCCCGGCGGCGCCUCGUUCCCCUGAAGGAGUAAGACGACCUGAAUUAGAAGGAAGUGGCAGAUGAGCUCCGCCCGUCUCCUCUAAAACUGCCCCUGAUUGGCUGCGAUUAAGAGCGAAUCACUGAAGCCCACUGACUCAGGCGAGCAGCCAUGGAGGCCGUGUCCUGGCUGGUGUGUCCUCUCCUCGUCCUCCUGGCCGUCCUCCCCCCCUGCCUCCCCUCCAUGCUGUGUCCGAAGCGCUGCACCUGCCAGAACCUGCUGCCGUCCUACACGGUGCUGUGCGCCAAGACGGGCCUCCUCUUCGUCCCCCCCAACAUCGACCGGCAGACGGCCGAGCUCCGGCUGAUGGACAACUUCAUCACCACCCUGAGGCACCGCGACUUCGCCAACAUGUCCAGCCUGAUCCACCUGACCCUGAGCAGGAACACCAUCAGCCAGAUCCGGCCCUACGCCUUCGCCGACCUGCAGGAUCUCCACGCCCUCCACCUGGACGCCAACCGCCUCACCGCCCUGGACGACUCGCACUUCCAGGGCCUGGUGAACCUGCGGCACCUCAUCCUGGCCAACAACCAGCUGCACAGCAUAUCGGAGGGAGCCUUCCAGGACUUCCUGGAGACUCUGGAGGACCUGGACCUGAGCUACAACAACCUGGUGGACAUCCCCUGGGACACGGUGGCCCAGCUGGCCAGCGUCAACACGCUCAGCCUGGACCACAACCUCAUCGAGAACGUCCCCGAGGGAAUCUUCUCCAACCUGCACAAGCUGGCCAGGCUGGACAUGACGUCCAACAAGCUGAAGAAGAUCCCGCCCGACCCGCUGUUCCUGCGCAUCCCGGUGUACGCCAAGAUGAAGGGCUCGCCCCUCACGGCGCUGGUGCUGCGCUUCGGCGGGAACCCGCUGCACUGCAACUGCGAGCUGGUGUGGCUCCGCCGGCUGACCCGGGAGGACGACCUAGAGACCUGCGCCUCGCCCAACGAGCUGGCCGGCAAGUACUUCUGGACCAUACGAGAGGAGGAGUUUGUGUGCGAGCCGCCGAUGAUCACCCGCCACACCUCCAAGAUGUUCGUGAUGGAGGGCCAGGAGGUCAGUCUGCGCUGCAGGUCCAUCGGGGACCCGGAACCGUCCACACACUGGGUCAGUCCGGACGGGAAGCUGAUCGGAAACACGUCCAGAACCGUCUGCUACGAGAACGGCUCGCUGGACAUCCUCAAGGCCUCCGUCAAGGAUUCUGGAAAGUUCACGUGUAUAGCUUCCAACGCCGCCGGCGAGGCCACCGCUCCCGUCGAGUUGGUCGUCAACCCGUCCCCGCACUUCGACCCCAAGCUGGACCCGGACCCGGGUCCUUCCGACAUCCCGACCUCCAUCAAAUCCAACGUCAGCGGAGGCCAGGCCCGGUCCGACCAGCAGAGGGUCAGCGUGUCGGAGCUCACCUCCGGCUCCGCCACCAUCCGGUGGCCGCCCCAGAACCACAUCCCGGGGGUCCGCAUGUACCAGAUCCAGUACAACAGCUCCACGGACGACAUCCUCAUAUACAGGAUGAUCCCCGCCAACCACAAGUACUUCCUGCUGAGCGACCUGGCGGCGUCGCGGGACUACGAGCUGUGCGUUCUGGCCGUGUAUGACGACGGCAUCACCACCCUGACGGGCACCAAGCUGGUGGGCUGCGUCUCCUUCACCACCGACUCGGAAUACGGGCGUUGUCACUCCAUACGAGACCAGUUCUUGGGCGGGACCAUGAUCAUCAUCAUCGGCGGGAUCAUCGUGGCCUCCGUGCUCGUCUUCAUCUUCAUCCUCCUCAUGAAGUACAAGCUGCACAGUAACCACUACAAGCAGAAAACCAACGCACGCCACGCCAACGUCUGCUCCCAGACCAACGGAGGAGGAGGAGGGGGAGGAGCCAACAUCCUGGCUCUGCCUCCAUCCUCCUCCUCGGCAGGACAAGGUGGAGGACAUAAAAACACUCACGCGUCAUCGUCGACGGAGGGGAUGGGAGGGGCUUCUCUCCGAGGGACGACUGUCGUGGACCUCAACCCUGCUCACGACGAUGACGCCAUCUCCCAAUAACAAACAAGAAACUGUCACUCAAACCCCGCAACUUCGACACAACCACCUCCCUCCCCCCCGUUUAGUUUGUCCCCCUCUGAUUUGAUGCCGGCGCCUGGAACCAACCUCCACCUCCCUCCGAGGAGCAGCUCCCCUCGUUGGUACCUCGCGGGUCGGGAAUCCUGGGCGGUCCGGGUCCGGGACCAGGACCGGGACUUACCCCACCCUCGGGCGCCGUCUGGUACCAGGACCGGAUGUGGUCGUGUGCGUCCUCGUGGGCACGUGGAGGAGGACAUUGGGACUCCCCCGGGUUGAUAUGCUAACCUCCACGCCGCGGGGGGACGGACACACCGGCCCGGAGGUUCUCCUUGCGCCGGCGGUUUCACUGGGGGUUUGAAACCCGGUUUCAGAGGCAUCGCCCCGUUUUACGAAGGAAGUACUCAACGAACCUGGACGUCUGGGGGUUCUGCUGGAUUCCGUUUCUGGUUUUGACCCUGGAUUCUGGUCCUGGAAACCGCCGAACAGAUCUGGAUUCUAAGUGACGUUCAGGAUCACCGAGGAUUCGAGGCACCGUCUUUCUCCACGUUACAGUCGUACGCCAAAGGAUUGCAACAGUAUUACGACGAGAUUGUUUAAUAUUUGGCAAGAGAGCAAACGUCCGAAAGCACACCUUGUCUCUUAGCACUUAAAUAAUAAACUGAUUUACUAAAGCGUGAACUUUUCUGGCACUUUAGUCAUGCAUCUGUUUCCAUGUCAUCUUUCUGCUUCUCCGCCACGCUCGCUCUCUUUCUCAUGAAGAACUGAAUAGUUAUACUCUGCGGUAUUAUCGACUGAACCCCCCCCUCCCCCUGGCAUUGGAUGACUCUAGAUAAUGUUGAAAUAAUCAGUGUGUUUGCGUCCAUGGUGGAUCGGUUCUUUCUGUGUUGGAGUAUUAAUAAAAAAUAAAUAAAAUUAAUAAAUAAAAGAGAAGAAAAAAAAAAGUUAAAACUUUGGAUUCCCGAGAACGGAGCCUUGCGGGACGCCUGAGCCACAAAUGCAGUACCUGCACGGGGAGAAGUGACGCUCUGACUCUGCAGAACUCUGCCGAACUGGGCAGGAAGACUGUUUCAAGCCGAUCACUAGAUAUAUGAAGUGGUUUUAAAGACGGCCAGCAGAACUUGCGUUGCCCCCCCCACCUUUACCGUUUGACAGUGUCUGUGUUUGUAUGUGACAUACAUCUUGCAGUCUUCGAUGGUUUGAUACCCAUGAUUUACUUUGAAUAUAGCAAAACAAACCAUCCACAAUAAGGAGGAAAACACGACACCACGGGAAACGGAUAUUUUAUGCUUUCAUAGAUACAAUUAUGUGGAUUUUUAAUGAAAU